CUGCCUCCCGCGAUCUGGCGGUGCGCCCCGACGGUGCGUACGGCUCUGCGCCCCCACCGGUCGCCGGUAGCCCCGACAGCUCGGUCGGUCCCGCCGCCCCCGACUUUGCAAAAUGUCGGAGUUUUGGCUAAUUUCAGCCCCCGGAGAUAAGGAAAAUUUACAAGCUCUGGAGAAGAUGAAUACUGUAACCUCCAAGUCCAACCUGUCCUACAACACCAAAUUUGCUAUUCCUGACUUCAAGGUGGGGACCCUGGAUUCCCUUGUUGGCCUCUCUGAUGAGUUGGGGAAACUUGAUACCUUUGCUGAAAGCCUUAUAAAGAGAAUGGCACAGAGCGUGGUGGAGGUCAUGGAAGAUUCCAAGGGAAAGGUCCACGAGAACCUCCUGGCGAAUGGAGUUGAUUUGACAUCCUUUGUGACUCACUUCGAGUGGGACAUGGCCAAAUACCCUGCCAAGCAGCCACUGGUGAGCGUAGUGGACACACUGGCCAAGCAACUGGCACAGAUUGAGAGUGACCUGAAGUCUCGCACGGCGGCCUACAGCGUGCUAAAGACGAACCUGGAGAAUCUAGAGAAGAGGUCCACGGGGAACUUGUUCACACGGACACUGAGCGAUAUUGUGAGCAAAGAAGACUUUGUGCUGGAUUCAGAAUAUCUCAUCACACUGCUGGUCAUCGUUCCCAAGUCAAGCUACGCACAAUGGCAGAAGAACUACGAGUCCCUCUCAGAUAUGGUGGUCCCUCGGUCAACCAAACUGAUUGCUGAAGACAACGAGGGAGGCCUCUUCACGGUGACUUUGUUCCGCAAAGUGAUCGAUGAUUUCAAAAUCAAAGCCAAAGAAAACAAGUUCACUGUUCGUGAGUUUUACUAUGAUGAGAAAGAAAUUAAAAGGGAAAGGGAGGAGAUGACCAGAUUGCUGUCGGAUAAAAAGCAACAGUAUCAAACUUCCUGUGUUGCUCUUAAAAAGGGAUCAGCCACCUACCGGGACCACAAGGUUAAGGUAACCCCGCUAGGUAACCCCGCUAGGCCCUCUGCGGGGCAGACCGACAGAGAGAGAGAGAGUGAGGGCGAGGGCGAGGGUCCCCUGCUACGCUGGCUCAAGGUGAACUUCAGUGAGGCUUUUAUCGCCUGGAUCCACAUAAAGGCCCUGAGAGUGUUUGUGGAGUCUGUGCUCAGGUACGGCCUGCCAGUUAACUUCCAGGCUGUGCUCCUGCAGCCUCACAAGAAGUCGACCACCAAGCGCUUGAGAGAGGUGCUCAACUCUGUCUUCCGACACUUGGAUGAAGUCGCUGCUGCAAGCAUACUGGAUGCAUCUGUGGAGAUCCCGGGACUGCAGCUCAGUAAUCAGGACUACUUCCCCUAUGUCUACUUCCACAUUGACCUCAGUCUUCUUGACUAGGAGGGUCAGCAGGCGGCCCUGAGUAUCACUACAGCUAGACCUUGUCACUCUGCCACAGAACGAAGUUCGACAGUUUUAACUUAGAGAAAAUGCUCACAGAAGUUAGUUAUAGUGUAUUUAUUUUUUUAAGUUACAAUAAAAUGCUCAGUCCUUUGAA